CGUCUAGAAUACCAAAACAAACAUGGUCGCGCGUUUUGACAUAUCGCGCUGAAACGUGCUGCUUUCGUUUCUUUGAAGGCGCAAGACGGCGUUUUCCUGACUUACCUGACCGUAAGCGCACAACCUGAACGUUUCGGUUGUCAGCGAUCUGUUCGCACCGCUUGCGAUUCGACAUGCCGUUGCGGAAGAAAGUAGAAAACCUGUCCGGGGUGCGCUGUCAGAAGUGCCUCGAGCUCGGCCACUGGACUUAUCAGUGCACGGGGAAGCGCAAAUACGUGCACAGAGAUUCGAGGACGACACUUCUGAAAAACAACGUGAAGAAGCAACUCCUAGCAAGCACAAUGCAACUCAAGAAACCCGUACAGCCCACGAGACGAAGCUCCGAGAAGUCUUCCAGUGGUUCAGAUGGGGAGUCUCACAGUGGAGACGAGUCCGAUUCCAGCAGUAGCUCGUCAAGCAGCGACAGCUCAUCAAGCAGCAGUAGUAGCAGCAGCUCAUCGGGCAGUGACAGCUCUUCGAGCAGCAGUAGUAGCAGCAGCAGCAGCAGCAGCAGUAGUAGUGCAUCCUCCUCAUCUAGCUCUACCUCCAAAAAGCCACUACCAAAGCGAAGUAAAAUCAAGUGACAAGCACACCUGUGAAA